GAGGAAAGAGCACGGGGAAACAUGUGAGCGCACUGAGGACUAAAGUGAGACACAACUUUUGAUUUGUGAUAUUUUGACUCGUGCACGAUCACACUGUCGUGCUUUGUGCUGAGGAAUAACGUCUGAGGGAACGUGACGGAGUUUUGCUUUUUAUGAUUCCCUUCAGGAUACAUUUUGUUUCUUUUUAAUUGAAUUCUUUAUCCGCCAACCACGUUGCAGUAUUAAAAUCAGCAGAUAAGCUGUUUACUCUAUAACACGUGUGUUUCUGUCCCUCAAAAGAACAUCUGCUGAUUUCUAAUUUGUAACUAUUUUAUUUUGGUAUUUCUUUUAAGAAUAUUGUCAUACUUUGCGUAUUCCAUCGGGCUCUAAUUUAGUUCUCUUAUAUUUCUAAAAGACUAUUUUUGUGGUCUAUUUCUUUCAUCUUUUAUUUUUCUCAAUUUUAAAACCAUGAAGCACUUGCAAUUUGUUUUGGUCCUGGCUCUCGCGGUGAACGUGUGGGAAUGUGGAGACGCAAAGUUCGGCGAGAGGAGUGAGCUGAGCUCCAGGAGGAGACGAUGUUACGACGGGAGCAUGCCCAAGAGGCUCAAGAAAAGGGAACGCAAAGUGCUGCUUGACGGCAGCAGUGGCAGCAGCGGAGAGGUGUGCCACAGGUUGUACCCCCGCGUGUCGUGCUGUCCCACCAGGAGAGCCGCCUAUCAGAUCCUACACCGCAGGGACGCCAGGGUUUUCUCCACAAAUAAUACUGAAUGUGGACGCCUCUUGGAGGAGAUCAAGUGUGCACGCUGCUCCCCUAACGCCCAGGUGUUGUUCCACUCCUUGGACAUGGAUAAGAUGCCACACAGGGAGCCCGAUCUGCCGCGACUCUGCCAGGACUUUUGCCGUGAAUUCUACUACACCUGCAGGGGGCACAUACCAGAGCUUUUCCAAGCUGACGUGGAUGAGUUCUGCCAAUACUAUGGAAGAAGGGAUGGCAGCCUAUGCUUUCCCGAUUUUCAGCGAAAACCACUUCAUGGCCUGGAUUCCAACUACUUAGGGGAUGAAAAAAUAGAAGAUAUCAGGAAACACAAACACAACUGCUACUGUGCCCAGGAGGUGUUGAGUGGUCUGAGACAGCCAGUGGCUGCAGUGCACUGUGGAGAUGGAUCCCAGCGCCUCUUUGUCCUUGAGAGGGAGGGCAUCGUCCGAAUCCUCACCCACGACCUGGUCAUGCUCAAGGAGCCCUUCCUCGACAUCCACAAACUUGUGCAAAAUGGCAUAAAGGGUGGAGAUGAAAGAGGACUGCUUAGCCUGGCAUUCCACCCCAAUUACAAGAAGAAUGGCAAGCUCUACGUGUCCUACACCACCAACCAGGAGCGCUGGGCUAUUGGACCACACGACCACAUUCUCAGAGUGGUGGAGUACACUGUUUCAAGGAAAAAUCCCAACCAGGUGGACACACGGACAGUGCGAGUGCUGAUGGAAGUGGCCGAGCUCCACCGGAAGCACCUGGGAGGUCAGCUGCUGUUUGGCCCUGACGGUCUGCUCCACAUCAUCCUUGGAGAUGGCAUGAUCACUCUGGACGACAUGGAGGAGAUGGAUGGGCUCAGUGAUUUUACAGGCUCCAUUCUGAGGGUCGAUGUGGACACAGACUGCUGUUCCUCACCAUACUCCAUACCCCUGAACAAUCCCUAUUUCAACAGCACCAACCAGCCUCCGGAAAUCUUUGCACAUGGAUUACAUGACCCAGGAAGAUGUGCAGUGGAUCGACUUCAAAUGGACAAUGGAAGUCUUUCGAUACUGUGCACCGACACUGCUGGGAAGAAUACCACAUCAGGGAGAAUACUGGACAUCUCUAAAGGAAAGGAUUAUGAAAAUGAGCCUUCUGUCUAUAACCUGCAGUCCAACGGCGGCGCGCCACCUCUAGGGGGCUUUAUCUACAGAGGGUGUCAGUCAAGGCGACUUUAUGGAAGUUAUGUGUUUGGAGAUAAGAAUGGUAAUUUAAGGAUUCUGCAGAAAUCGUCCCUAGCAAAUGGCGAAGAGUGGCAGGAGAAACCUCUGUGUUUGGGCUCUACAGCCUCCUGUGGUACGACACUUGCUGGCAACAUCUUGGGCUUCGGAGAAGAUGAGCUGGGUGAAGUCUACAUUUUAGCGAGCAGUAAAAGCAUGGCACAGCUACACAGCGGCAAACUCUACAAACUGGUGGAUCCCAAAAGGCCGUACACUCCAAAAGAGUGCCAUCGGACUGUGGAGCCUCCAGAGCUCCUGAUGACAGCCUGCUCCAGACACUGUAAGAACGGGCACUGCACCCCCACGGGCAAGUGCUGCUGCAGCCCGGGCUGGGAAGGACCCCUCUGUAGAGUGGCCAAAUGUGAGCCAGGCUGCCGCAAUGGUGGUGUGUGUCUAGAGCCCAACAAGUGCCUGUGUAAGAGCGGCUACUCUGGAGACAUGUGUGAGAAGAGCGAGCGAGGGAUGCCCAAUGACCAGGAGAGAGACGGCAUCAUUGACCACAUUAUGGACAUGACGUCCUAUCUACUGGACCUGACCAGUUACAUCGUAUAGGGCUGAGCUUCCUCUGUUCCACACAGAUCUACCUAGCACCAGCAGCACACUCUACACCUCCACACCAGACCUCCACCCACUCACCUAUAAGCUACAUGCUUCAGAGCACCAGGCCUGGCAUCCAAGCCUUGUUCACAGCUGUGACAUAAUCAUUCACGAGCAUGACCAAGAUAUGGGACUACGCCCCUCCCUCUGAAAACACCCACCUGCUGACAGAGAAUCGUUUCACUCUCAGUGAACAACUCAAGACUUUUGCAGGGACAGCUGAAAUGUUGCCUUAAUCCAGCCCCCAUAGACACUGGCUUCAGUGGAGACUAUUGCUCUGUGUUAUGGGGCUCUGUUAGGAUGCAGUGGCGGGUUUAUGAGUUUCAAACAUUCUAAGGACAAUAUCAGUGUGCAUGGACACUGAGGGAACCACAUCCUGAUGAAACGACUCAAAAUGAGACUACAAGACUGUGCUUACCAGGUUCCAUAAGCGUGUUGGCACAAUGUCACAAAUGCUCAUACUAUGUAAACUGUUCUAUUGAUCUGCCAUCAACUUACAGAACAA